CGCCGACGAACCACCACCUCCAGUGUCCGCAUCCCGAGCCAGACCAGAGCCAGCAUGAGGGAGAUUGUGCACAUCCAGGCCGGCCAGUGCGGCAACCAGAUCGGGGCCAAGUUUUGGGAAGUGAUCAGCGAUGAACAUGGAAUUGACCCCACUGGAAACUACGUCGGGGACUCUGACCUUCAACUGGAGAGAAUUAGUGUAUAUUACAAUGAGGCCUCCUCACACAAGUAUGUACCGCGAGCCAUCCUAGUAGACUUGGAACCCGGGACAAUGGACAGCGUCCGUUCUGGAGCCUUUGGACAUCUUUUCCGACCUGAUAACUUCAUAUUUGGACAGAGUGGUGCUGGUAACAACUGGGCAAAGGGUCACUACACAGAAGGUGCUGAACUGGUGGACUCUGUAUUAGAUGUUGUGAGGAAAGAAUGUGAAAAUUGUGAUUGCCUCCAAGGAUUCCAGCUUACACACUCUCUUGGUGGAGGCACUGGCUCUGGCAUGGGCACACUACUAAUCAGUAAAGUCAGGGAGGAGUACCCUGAUCGCAUCAUGAACACUUUUAGCGUAGUGCCUUCUCCGAAGGUGUCUGAUACAGUAGUGGAGCCAUACAAUGCUACAUUGUCCAUCCAUCAACUGGUAGAAAACACAGAUGAGACCUACUGCAUUGACAACGAGGCUUUAUAUGACAUCUGCUUCCGCACCCUUAAACUAGCCACUCCAACCUACGGAGACCUUAACCACCUUGUCAGUGCCACCAUGAGUGGGGUCACCACUUCCCUAAGGUUCCCUGGACAACUUAAUGCAGAUCUGCGUAAGCUGGCUGUCAAUAUGGUGCCCUUCCCACGUCUUCAUUUCUUCAUGCCAGGUUUUGCCCCACUGACUGCCCGUGGCAGCCAGCAGUACCGGGCACUCACUGUCCCUGAACUCACUCAGCAAAUGUUUGACGCCAAGAAUAUGAUGGCAGCCUGUGAUCCCCGCCAUGGACGGUACCUGACAGUGGCUACCGUCUUCCGCGGGCGCAUGUCAAUGAAGGAGGUGGACGAACAGAUGCUGGCCAUCCAGAGCAAGAACAGCAGCUAUUUUGUAGAAUGGAUCCCCAACAAUGUGAAAGUUGCUGUGUGUGACAUCCCACCUCGUGGUCUCAAGAUGUCUUCCACAUUCAUCGGCAACAGCACCGCCAUACAAGAGCUCUUCAAACGCAUCUCUGAGCAGUUCACCGCCAUGUUCCGACGUAAAGCUUUCUUGCAUUGGUACACCGGAGAGGGUAUGGACGAAAUGGAAUUCACAGAAGCCGAAAGCAACAUGAAUGACCUUGUAUCAGAGUACCAGCAGUACCAGGAUGCCACAGCCGAAGAGGAGGGCGAGAUGUAUGAAGACGACGAGGAAGAAUCUGAGGCUCAGGGAAAGUAAAAAAAAGCCAUCCCAGGGCUAAAGACCUCUGUUUGUGCCCCCCAGGUUUAGGAAUCCUACUCAUAUUGCAUCAUGCAUCACUUCUGAGUUAGAAUUAUAGUCCCAGUCAGGAUCAGGACCUAUACCCUUCAUCUCCCUUAUUUAUUUAGCCCUCCAAUGCCAAAACCUACAGAAUUUACUUUGCACAUUGUUUCAAUAGCAAAGGUAGAUCAGAAUUUAUUGAGGACAGAGGC